GGAAAAUCCUGGGUGGGAACCCCACCCACCCAGGCAGAUAUACCCUACCUAUGAAAGUAGAUAAGCUCAGAAUCACAUAGAGGCAAAUGAAUUUCUCAGGCUGAAAAUCAAGUAACUGUCACAGAGGAAGAAACUGGGUAUGAGGAAUGCUGCUGAGACACGGAAAAUAACCUUGGACUUGAACAACAGAACAAAAAAGAGAGUUCAAACCCAAGAUAAGUAGGAAGAAAACAAGAGAGCACUGAGUUGUUAGUUAAAAUCAGGGAAACCAGAUAAACUGCAUCCCAGAGGACUGAAAGAACCAGCAGGAAAAUAAACAUUUACACAUAGGUGCUGGCGGAUUGGUCUGUGUAUACAAAAAGACUGAAAAUUCACCUGUCAAAGGAAAACUAUGAGGAGUAUUUCACAGACUUUGGUGGAUGAUUUCUGGGGUGAAGAUCAAAAGGAGUUGGUGUGGAGAAUAAGGAAGUGGAAUGUAAGCUGGAAAGCCCAAGUCCAAGAGGAGCACUGAGGUCAUUUGCCUGUUGAAUGCUUCUUCCAGAAAACUCCGUUAACUGGUUUUGUUUGGCAAAGAGCUUCAUUUGGUGACAGUGCUGGACUCCAUACUGAAUGUAAAAGCUUCUUGGUCAACUGAGCUGGAAGGUAGAUUUUUUUUUCCUUUUUUUCAAAAAACAAAAGUAUGUGCCUGUGUCUGUAGAGAUGAUUUGUAGUUCAGCGAGGCUGGAGCUGACCGAAUGAGACUAUGGGCUGUGCCUCCGCCAAGCAUGUUGCCACUGUUCAGAAUGAAGAGGAAGCCCAGAAGGGGAAAAACUACCAGAAUGGAGAUGUGUUUGCUGAUGAGUAUAGGAUCAAACCUGUGGAAGAGGUCAAAUACAUGAAAAAUGGGGCAGAAGAUGAACAGACAAUAGCAGCCAGGAACCAAGAAAACUUGGACCUAAGUCCACUGAUCACCCUCUCUCAUGUAUAUUCAAUUUCCACUGAAGAUCAGGAUGAGAAUUGCGACUUUGUUUCAUCAUGGCAUGAAGGUGACGUUGACCCUGUCUGCCAGCCCUACCCUACAAAGGAAAAAAGUGCCAGUGCAAAUGUAAAGCUUAAGCCUGCUAAAGAGGUUCCAGGAUUGGUACAUCAACCUAGAUCAAACAUGCACAUCUCUGAAAGCCAACAAGAAUUCUUCAGAAUGCUGGAUGAAAAAAUUGAAAAGGGCCGUGAUUACUGUUCAGAAGAAGAAGAUAUCACAUAGUGCCAAUUCUACUAGUCAAAACAGGAAUUACUACUGUGUAAAUAGAUUACAACCCAGUUGAGAUCUUUGGGAAGGUCGUCUACAACACACACACAAAAACAGCACUACAUAAUAAAAGAAGAUCGAUCGUCUCCAUAUUGUAUGCCCCAUUCACUUACAAUGUUUCUUAAUGAACUUGCAAAGGAAUAUUGCUAAGAACUGUUCUAAAACUUUGUUGCUGCUAGUUAAAACUUGUUGCAACUUUUCACUCCUCUUGUGUCCAGGUAUGCAGCAAAAUUCUUAAAUUUCACCUUACAGACACGGUUGUUCUUACAGAUGCUGCCCAGCUGAUUUUCUAUCAGAUGAAAUAGUGAUGAACUCAAAUACCAAACUUCCAUUUCUAGAAGGUUCCAGCUUUUCUGAUACCUUUUCCCCUCCCCUCCUCUCUUUAAAGCUGUUUGUCAGUCCAGAGAUGGGCCAGAAUAUUGCUUCUUACUGGCGAUUUUGAGCUUGGGAGAUGUGGGGAUGGUUGCUAUGGCAAGCCUUGUUUCUCUGCUAAGAAGAAAUGGAGAAGCUACUAUCUAUUAAAAGCAUGUUGUCCCAUGAAUACUGGAAGUGAUGCCGGAGCAGCAGUUUGCCUCACUUACUAGGUAUCUUAAUCAAGGACUAAGCUUGCAGUUUUGGCUUUGCUCAGAUGCAAAUGGAAGUGUGAUCGCAAUCAUUUUGAAUCCCUUUUUUUUUCUAAGGAAAUAAACAUUUUACUGUUUUUAUGUAUCUUGUCUUCUACCAUUCAUCUAGCCCAGGUUUUUUUUGUUUGUUUGUUUGUUUGUUUGUUUUGGGUUGUUGUUGGUUUUUUCUUAUUUUUUUUUAAACAAUUAUCUUGGGUUUUUACAAGUAUCUCGCUGGGUAGACAUUUGUUGGGUAGCCUUUUGUUGCAAUACUGAUGUUAGGCUAAAUUGCCUCCCUGCUCUUCCCAUUUAUACUUUCCCAGGUUUUACCAGGGCAAAGAAGAAGAGGCAUACAACCACCUUCUUUUUUAACAGAGCACCAAACCAUAACAUUACUUUUAUUUUUUGCCAUCAAAUACAACAUCCCAUUUCUUUAUUUCUCUCCUUAUAAUAGGUACAGGAACCUUUCCUUUUCUUAUUUUCCUCUCUCUAAGGACUAGUUUUGUAUAUGUACAAGGUUUUGACCUUCUGGGGAAAAAAAUGCUCAAGUAUAUACUGGUCAUGGUUGUUGAAGAUGCUAACAGCCAGAAGUACCUGGGCAGCAAUGGGGAAUGUUGAUUGUGUGUUCUGUAGAGUUUAUUUUUCCAUAUUAUACAAAGAGGAUGAUCUCUUCUCAAAGACAGAGGUAAUAUUUUUAACAAAUAUUGUCACAAGUAAAUAGUAAUCAUAAGGGGGAAAAAAACUUUUGUAUUUUUUUAAAUGAGUUUGAUAGCUUUGAUGAGGGCUCUCUUUGUUACUUUCAGGAGGAAGGGCUACCAUAAUGAAUGCAUUGCAAUGCUGGUCAUGAGGUUCUGGGGCUUUGUCCACAUAGUCCAUAUGGCAUAAGUUCAAUCACAAAGAUUAUUCCGUUUUCUCCAAUCUUGGAUUGUGUGACCUUGAAGGGAGGCACUUGUGAAUUCAUUAACACUGCCACCCUAUAAUGUUUAGUGGUUCAGACUUUCCAGGGAGUAAAAAAGAUUUUCUGCCAGGGAAGAGAUCAUGGUUCUAAAUGUAUUCUUGAUGAAAGGAUGAGAUAGGACUUCAAAUGGACUUCACCUAAUUGAUGGCAGCCAUUCAUUGAUGUGCCAACUGCAUUUGUUUUCCUUGGUUUUGGAUGAGGGGAAACUGAAGAUGGAAGAACUUUAGUCAAAGAGAUGAGGAGCAAGGACUUAAACAUUAUCAACAACAAUAACAAAAACAAGCCUUCUUUCAAGCCAGGACAGCAGAUAUUUGGGGAGCAAUUGUGAUGGUUACAUAAAUAGGGAAAAAGCCAAAUUGUAAGACUUUUUAUCCUGAUCCAAACAGGAAAAUGUCAGUUCAAGUCUCCAAGGCUUUGGAAGGCAUUUCGCUCCCUUCAUACUCCACAUCCUCACCCAUGGUUUUGGUCAAGGGAUUUAACUGGUUUUCCUCAAGUGAACUGAAGGUUAAUUACAAUCUGGGUACCUAAUUCUACCUCUCCCACCCCCCACUCUUUAUCCAGUCCAGAAACUUUUUGCCUUGGAUUCUAGCAAUUUGAUGAUAUGAUUGUGGCAUUUUCCAGGGUGGCUCUUUUAUUGGUAUUGAUCAUAAACCAAAAAAAUCUGGAUUUGAAUCUCCACACUGUCCUUUUCUACCUGUGUGACCUUGAGAGGUCAUUCAACCUCUCUGUGCUUCAGUUAUUUCGUAUUCAAAAUGAAGGGGUUGCACUAGAUCACCUCCAAAAUUUCUGCCAUCCCUAAAUCUGAUUCCAUAAUUAAGUUGGUUAAAUCAAGUCUUCCAUGUGACUCCCAAACUUGGUGUCUCACUGUCUUCCCUAGAAAAUAACUACCUUUCCCCUAACUUCAGUUUCCAUAAAAAGCAUUUUUAAAAAACAUUCUGAUACAUUGCACAUCUAUGAAGAAUAAUGUUCUUUAAUCAUUUGAAUGAAACCAGAUGGGUCCCCUUCAUGGACCCAGCGGCUUCCCACUGGAGGUGCUCUUGGGUGUCAUGCUUAACAAUGAGCCCAUAUCUGAUGUGCACAAGUGAUUUCAUCUGUAGUCACAUUUGGCAGAUCUAGAAAUAGAUCUGGGAAAUGGGGUGGUUGAGCUGGUUGGCACGAAAUGCCUGAUUGUGUUAACAACAUUCAAAACUGUCUGUUUUCCAUUUGUUGGUUCUAAUCAUAAAAUUGUCAAAUGACUUUGUGGUUGUACUUCGUUUUUCAAAGCCUUUUGAAGGGAUCUAAAACAAAAAUAUUUUGACUCUUCCUCCUGUGCAGCCUACGAUUAGACAGUAUUUCUGAUGCAGUGAAAAGCAGAAGCUGAUUUAUGGGAGGGUGCAGCUCUGCUGACUGAUAACACUGUAGCCCUCGCUCAAGGGAAGGGAGGAGUUAGAGCAGGGUGGGAAGAGAUCCCAGCUCUACAGGGAUACAUGGAUAUCUCCAUGGGGUAUUUUCUAUGCUGAGUACUUUUCAAAGUAUAGCUCCUGGGCUGCCAGUAGGCGUGGUGCAGCUGUCAACAAGAUUUAAGGUGUUUUUAUACAUGUCUCAUGUGCAAGGAGUGGUGGUGUUAUAAAAGAUCAGGAGUAUAUAGAUGUAGCCUUUUCAUUGGCAAGGAGUCAGAAUCACCCAAGACUGUGGUCAUAAUGGAAUACAUUUGCGCUCACAACUGGCAGAAACCUUUAAAGAAAAUUUGCAUCACUGCUUCUUCUUAGACCCGGGCUAUGAACAAGAGUAGAUUGUUAGGGUCUAUUUCAGGAUACAUGAAGCCUUAAGUCCAGAGGAAAGAAAUAAAGUCCAUAAAAACAACAGCAGUCACCUCUAAAAGAAAAUAGUUCUCUUAACGUAUGCAACAUAGCUAAAGAGAGGAGAUUGGGUUAGAUCCUCUAAAUAACCAGUGACCUCACUCAGUUCAAUUCAGAAAGCACUUAUUAAGUACUUAUAGUGUGUGAGGGAUUAUUCCAAGUGCUAGGGAUAAGUAGAAUGAAAACUUGGUCUAACAUCCCUACUCAACUCAAUCAUUCUUUCCUCU